UGCGGCUGGCUCUGCCUUCCGGGCUUAGGCGCCUUCCCAAGGGAGGGUCGUUUCUUUUAGGGAUGAGAGUUGGGAUCGAGAACUCUUCCUCGAAGAGCUUUUAAAGACGGGAUGGCUUUUCGUCCGUGUGCAGUGUAGGAGGAAAGCAAAUGCGGUUCAUCAGUGUAAUGCCUGUAUUAGAGGGGGAAAGAUGUUUUCACAGAGGGCUGCGGGGCAGAAAGUUUGUUGUGAAACCAUAAAUUAUCAAAGAACGGGAAAGCGAGCAAAGGCUACCAAGAGGAAGCACCGAGUGUCGAGUGAAGCUCCCCCAGCAAAACGGAGGAAUGAAAUAUCCUUUCUCUCAGCCAACAAAACUGGUGUGAAAGAAACUCAAAGGACUUUCAAGGGGAAAUCACAAAAAAUUUUUUCUCCCAGGAAGUAUUCGGUUAACGCAGGUGAUAGAAAGCAAGAGGAGAAACCGUGCAUUAAGACUUCAUCGUUGUUUAAAAACAACCCUGAAAUCCCAGAACUCCACAGACCUGUGGUAAAGCAGAUGCGAGAACAAGUGUUCACUCCUGAGGCUUUCCAUGAGCUGUGCCUCCACCCACACCUGGUUUCUACAAUAAACACAGUCUUAAAAGUAUCCAGUAUGACCAGUGUUCAGAAGCAAAGUAUUCCUGUGUUGCUGGAAGGCAGAGAUGCCCUCGUGCGGUCCCAGACCGGCUCAGGUAAAACUCUUGCCUAUUGCAUCCCCAUGGUCCAGUCCCUUCAAGCAAUGAAGUCAAAAAUACAACGCAGUGACGGCCCCUAUGCUCUGGUGCUGGUGCCUACGAGAGAGCUGGCUCUACAAAGCUUUGACACUGUCCAGAAACUGCUGAAGCCAUUUACCUGGAUUGUCCCUGGAGUGUUGAUGGGUGGAGAGAAGAGAAAAUCAGAAAAAGCCAGACUUCGCAAAGGAAUAAAUAUCCUCAUCUCGACUCCUGGGCGGCUGGUGGAUCAUAUAAAGUCCACAAAGAACAUUCAUUUUGGCCGCAUUCAGUGGCUGGUUUUGGAUGAGGCGGACAGAAUCCUGGAUUUGGGUUUUGAAAAGGAUAUCACUGUGAUCCUCAAUGCUGUGAACACCGAGUGCCGCAAGCGGCAAAAUGUCUUGCUGUCAGCCACACUCACAGAAGGCGUGACACGGCUAGCAGAUAUCAGUUUACACAAUCCAGUCAGCAUCUCUGUUGUGGACAGAAGCCAUGACCAGUCUACCCUGGAGGGCAGAGCAGGCCAGGGAGUUGUCCCUCCACAGGCCAGCAACAGGCUGGACAGCUUUGCAAUACCAGAGAGUCUUGAGCAGCAUGUGACAGUGGUCCCCAGCAAACUCCGGCUUGUCUGCCUAGCCGCCUUCAUCCUGCAGAAAUGCAAGUUUGAGAAAGACCAGAAGAUGAUUGUCUUUUUCUCCAGCUGCGAGCUGGUGGAGUUCCACUACAACCUCUUCCUCCAGACCCUGUCGAGCAGCAAGGGGGCUCCUGCGUCCGGGCAGGCGCCAUCUGCCUCCACACGAUUAAAAUUCCUGCGGCUGCAUGGCAACAUGGAGCAGGAGGAGAGAACAGCAGUGUUUCAGGAAUUCUCCUGUUCCAAAACAGGCAUCCUUCUUUGCACGGAUGUUGCGGCUCGGGGCUUAGAUCUCCCACAAGUCACGUGGAUUGUUCAGUACAGUGCUCCGUCUUCACCUGCAGAAUAUAUCCACCGGAUUGGAAGAACCGCCCGGAUUGGCUGCCAUGGGAGCAGCCUGCUCAUUUUGGCUCCUUCAGAGGCAGAAUAUGUCAACUCGUUGGCUUCUCACAAAAUCAAUGUUUCUGAGAUUAAGAUGGAAGAUAUUUUGUCCAUUCUGACAAGAGAUGAUUCUUUUAAAGUGAGGCGAAGAGAGAACCAGAAAUCCCAUGCUGUUGGCCCCCAGGAAAUCCGAGAGCGAGCCACGGUCUUACAGACAGUAUUUGAAGAUUACGUGCACUCCAGCGAGAGGACGGUCUCCUGGGCGAAGAAAGCUCUGCACUCCUUCAUCGGAGCCUAUGCCGCCUACCCCAGGGAGCUGAAGCACAUCUUCCAUGUGCGGUCCCUCCACCUAGGGCACGUGGCCAAGAGCUUCGGGUUGAGAGAUGCUCCCAGGAACCUUAGUGUGCUGGCCGUGAAGAGGAGCAAGGGAAAGCUGAAAAGGCUUGACCUUCGUAAGAAGAUGCAGCGUAAACAGCACCUUGCCGAGGUCCUUCGCUCAGAAUACUCAAGUGGGCUGGAGGCUGCCAGCACCAAGGUCAGGCAGCCCGGCACACAGGAGGUCGGCAGCCAGCACCCUGCAAGCCGGGGCCGUGGGAAAAAUCAGGCGGUGCCUCCUCGAACCACAAAAACCUGGAGAGGCCAGCAGAAGGGUAACAAGGCCUCGCAGACGGCUUUUUAAGUCAACGCGGCUGAUCUCGGUGGAUCCCAGAGGCCGCAGUGGCACUGGAUUGAUGUCUUAUCUGAAAAAUACUUGUGACCUGUUUCCCUGAACACCAAGUCCCAGGACACACCGGAGCCAGGGGCCUGAUCAGAAGGAGUGGCACAGGGGCCCUGGGCACAGAGCCAGCCAGCACUGACUGCAGGAGGGCGUCACAGCGAGGCCACAGACUCCGUGUGUGGGGCAGCCCCGUCCACGCAGACUGACUGCUGUGAAGCAGGGUGUUAAAACUGGAUUGGAAUUUAUACCAAAGAAGAGAAAAUUGUACUUGUCAAGCAGUUACUUUGUUAAUGUACACGUGCCUACUUUGUUAUAAGGGACCAAGAGUUUUAGUCUGGGUUGAAAACGGGACCGCGUUUGCUGGCCUGCUCUGCGUGCCCGGCUUUCCCUUUCAUGUGCACGGAGAGACGCACUCGGGGCUAAUUGAUUUACUGUUCCUUUUUGUUGUUUGCCUUUGAAGUCAAAAGGCACCAGUGCUGGCCUGAGCUCUUUUCUUCCUCAUCAAAUCCAGCCUUGCCUUCAAGAAAGGUCUGGUGUCUCUGUGUGGCGACCCCGACCCAUCUGCCCCCCACUGUGUUUCCUGGGAGGCCGGAGGACCCCCGGAAUGUAUUGAUUUCCCAAUAAAUGUCAGCCUCAGACACAGGACACACCACCCUGUCCGGGCACCGCCUCUCUCUUCCCUCCCGUCCCGUCCCCUUCCCGCUCUGCGGUUCCUGUGCCCCUCUGGCUUUCCUGGGAUGUGUGCUGAGGUACCCCAGGCCAGCAAGGACUCCCUGGCCCAGAGAAGGCGGUGGGCCUGGCAAGAAUGGAUCCCUCAGGAGGAAACGGGGCCUCCUCAGAGUUCCUGGGGACUGUUCAUGACAUUUGUACCGACGAUUUUUUAAGAACGACACAUAUCCAACUAGCCUUGGGUAAAUCUGCCAUCUCGUGUUUGGUGUGAUGGCUCACAUGACUUGGGUGAGGAUGAGGCAAACAAAACUUCAUAGGUGAAGCACAGCUGUGUGACAAGCAGGCCCAGAGCCAGGCAUGGGGAGGACCAGAGAACUUGGGUCCAUAAAGGGGAGCAGGCAGGGCUUUCUGAGUGUCGGCGACUGUCACCCCAAGAUUGAAACUUGCACACAUAAAUCUGCCAACUCAGGUUGUCCUGCCAGAGAUGCUGUGGGCUUAAAUCAGCGGCUCACCCAGUUAAUAAAGAAACAUGGAUUUAGCAGAUUUAGGGUUAAUAUUAUCUAAAUUUAAAUAACCUUCAAAUAAAUCUCUCCUCACUCUUGACAGAUUAUACAUUUCAGGCAUCAGUUAGGCAAAGCUUUAGCCUAAUUCCACUGUACAUAGUCUAAUUUUGUGUGUUUUUAAUCAUGCCUCUGUUUCUGAUUUCUGAAACUUAGCCAUUUCUCUCUGACAUCAGCCCAUUACCAUGUUAAAGGCACAGAUCAUUCAGACAUUUGCUGACGGGCUGUGGCCUGAAGCUUUUUCCCGGGUGGGCUUGUGGAAGGCUUGGUGCCGGUCCACAGAGCCGGUUCUCAGGCCUCCAGCAGAGAUCCCCGUGGUGGACAGCAUCCUCUGCCCUUACCAGACAGCACCUCGAAGGACACUGACAAAGCCCACGAGGUCCCUUUGACUUUUUUCUUUUCCCCCAGAGUGAAAGGAGUGAAGGGCCUGAGGUGUGGUCCCAAGCAGCCACGGUCUUGCCAAGCUCUUCCACACUUCACAGCCCGUCAGUGGGAGCUGUUAAAGUCCCAGAGCCCCUGCCCCUGCCCCGAGACAGGCGGAAGGCUUUACCUCCCCGAAGCUGCCCUGCUUGAAAAGGGUGCCUAACUGGUCUCCUUCGAUGGCCUGCAUGACCCUUAGACUCUUCAUCUGCUCCACCAUUGGAAAGAUUGAGAGCAAGGCCUGUCCCAGGGCGGGGUACCACACUUGAAACCGGCCCACUCUUGGGCGGGCAGGUCCCCAAAGCCCUGCGCCUGAGGGCUGGGCGGCUGAGCGCUAGGCCUCCGCUGCCCCUCCCCGGGGAGUCCAGGCUGGUGAGAGAGGACGGGCCAGGAGCCUCUUCCACUGCCUUGCUGUUGGGGUGAGGGAGUCUCCUGGCCUCCCUCAAAUGCUCCCAUCCCACAGAUUGGGGACGCAAACCAUUUGGAGGCGAGAAGGAACCCACCUCGCUGUAGAUGAGCUAUUGCAGGUGGGGACUGCAGGACAAUUCAGAGCACUGUAAUUAUAGACUUGUAAGGAAGCCUUGUUCUUCAUUAAUGUAGGGUAUGAAAUCGCCUCUGAGGUACAAGGGCGGUUACAUAGUUGAGAAUGUGCCUGUGAUUUACACUGUGGCUGUGUAAAUGUAAGGGUGGUUGCUCCAGCCUACCUCCUCCACU